CCCGAAAAGACGUCAAGGCUACACUACCUGAUCCCCGCCAGCCAACCCAAUCUCCAGCUCUGCUACAACCUCGUCUCCUCAGCCGUCAACCGCUAUCCGGUCCCUAUCCUGCUUGGCUGGCACGGCGUCGAUGAGUUCGAUGCCGCGAAAACUCAUCUUGCAAAGCUCCGAGCCAUGCAGCGCUACUUGGAUUCCCUCCCACCUCAAGAAGACGAUGACUUGGCCAUCAUCGUCGAUGGAUACGACGUCCUCAUCCAGCUCCCUCCCGAGAUCAUGGUGGAGCGGUAUUUCCAGCUUGUCCAGCGCGCUAAUGCUCAUCUGGCGCAAAAAUUCCAGGUCAGCGUCAGCGAGCUUCACCAAAGCGGCCUUCGCCAGACCAUAUUCAUGGGGCCAGACAAGAUCUGCUGGCCGAUUAAUUAUCGUGCGCCCCGUUGUUGGGCAGCUCCCGAAUCACCCAUUCCACCAGCAGCAUGGGGCGAAGAUAAAGGGUAUGGCGAGGUGUUCCAUUCUGACCCUCGAUGGCUGAACUCAGGGACCAUCAUGGGGCCGAUUGGUGAUCUGAAGAGAUAUAUUGCCGCCACCAUGGACGAGAUCCAGGCAACGUACGAUCCCAUAUACGAGUUCAGAGAGUCGGACCAGUACUACCUCUCCAAUGUAUGGGGCAGACAGGAAUACUGGCGCUCAAAGACGAUGGAUGUCAAGAUUCCCGUCCCUCCCAACGGGUAUCUCCCCUUGAAGAACGCACCCUUCCAGCAGACGGAGUACCACGUCGCCAUCGAGUACGAAUCCGGCCUCUUCCAAACCAAGGCUUGGUACGAGCCGUAUUUCGGAUACCUGCAAUUUAACCAAGCCAAUCUCACGGCCAAACUUGCCGCUGACAUCCGCGGCGAAGGAUCUGCGUUUGAGCCUCCUACCGUCCAGAUGCCUGCAAACGCCCAUCCCGGAUCAGCCUCUGCAGACUGGCUCGCCGUCGUCCGACUGGGCGUCAACUUUGUCACGCAGCACAUCUACGGCGUGUGGCACUGCACGGGAUCCAAGCAGUUCAUCCAGCUCGAGUAUCCCACCAUGUGGUUCUACCCCUUUGCCAGGUCUCUGCUCAGGGCGGCCGUCGCAGCUUCUCAGGCCGGUGAGCCGCUCACGCGGAAGCUCAUCGAUGGUCGGAGAUGGGUGCCGAAGAGGUUCUAUCCUCCUGCUGCUGCUGCUGCUGCUGAUGUCGUGGGGAUUGGGUACGGCGGCGUGUGGACGGAUUUGGAUGGCGAGUUUGUUCCUUGGAGGGACGUGUGUCAGACGUACAAUAGGGUGCUU